CACAGCCCCUGCGCUGCUGGCCCCGCUGCAGAAUCACAUCAAAGCUGUGCUGCGGAACAAGCUGUGCCUGAGAAUCUCCAACCUGGUGCAGGACUUCAAUGUCCACCUGGGCACUUUAAUUGGCCUCAGCCCUGUUGGUCCAGAGUCCCAGGUCCACUACUCCAUGAUCGACACACCCACCAUCACCAAUGACUACAUUUCCUUCAAUAUCAACGCUGUUCUCUUCCUCCUGGGCAGACCCAUCGUCCUGCCUGUGGAUACCACCCCCUUCGUGCUGCCACAGCACGUGGGCACCAGGGGUGCCAUGGCAACCGUGGGCGUCUCCCAGGACCUGUUUGAUGCCAUCCUGCUGCUGCAGAAGGCUGGUGCGCUCAACCUGGACAUCACAGGGCAACUGAAGUCAGAUUACAACCCGCUGAACACCUCCACGCUGGCCCAGCUCAUCCCUGAGGUGGGCCGUCAGUUCCCUGAGCCCAUGCCCCUGGUGCUCAAGGUGCGGCUGGGUGCCACACCCACAGUCACACUCCGUACCAACAACGCCACACUGCGGCUGCAGCCCUUCGUGGAGGUCCUGGCUCCGGCAUCCAACUCGGCUUUCCAGUCCCUCUUCUCCCUCGAUGUGGUAGUGAACCUGAGCCUUCAGCUCUCUGUGUCCAAGGUGAGGCUUCGGGGGACCACAUCUGUGCUGGGGAAUGUCCAGCUCACUGUGGCCUCCUCCAAUGUGGGCUUCAUUGACACGGACCAUGUGCAGCCACUCAUGGGCGCUGUGUUUGAGAAGCCCCUGCUGGACCACCUCAAUGCUCUCUUGGGCAUGGGGGUUGCACUGCCCCACGUGGUCAACCUCCAGUACGUCACCCCUGCGAUCUUUGUCUACGAGGGCUACAUCGUGGUGUGCAGUAGACUCUUGUACCAGAGCUGACGUGGGACCACUCGGAGAGCUGCUCUGGGGACCCUUUUGCCUCAAGCCACUUGGGAAACUGAGGCAAAGCCACACUUAGUCAUCGCCAGCAAGCUGGAUGGCCCAGUCGGGCUGCUUAAUCCCACUCCUCCCUCCUCCUUCCCCAGCCCCCUCCUUCCUUCAUCCCCUCCUUGGAAGGAGCAGAUAGCUCCUCCAGGCUGUAGAGACCUGCCUCCUCUUGCAUUAAACAUCUUCUCUUGAGCUGCAACUUCCAGCCAGGCCUGGCAAACUCUUUGCAUAUCGGAGGCCAGUUCCCUACAUGCAGGCCCUGGUCCUGUCUGUCCCUGGAGCCCGCAAAGCUGCCUGGGAGAGGAAGAGGACGUGACCACGUCUCUGCUCACCGUAUCUGUUGACAGCAUCACCUCCUAGCCGAGGGGAGCAAUGCAGACGAGCUGGAAGUUACGAAUGCCAUGGUGGCACUUUAGGCAUUGUGCCCUCACCUGGUGGCAUUUCCCCUCUACAGUGUCACGUCCCAACCUGUUCCUAGAACCUCAUAAUAGCCCUGGGAGUCAGGCAGGCCGAAUGUGCAGCUCCAUCUC